GUCCCGCCCCCAGCCUCGCUGUGAGCGGAUGUCGGCGCCUCAGCAGCGGAAGUGUCGUCUGUGUUCAUUUCUCUUCUCUGAACAAUUCCAGUGUUUCUCAGAGGAGGACAAACGUGUCCCUCUGUCAGUCCACCAUGGCAGACAUAAAGAACUUCCUGUACGCCUGGUGUGGGAAGAAGAAGCUCACACCCACCUACGACAUCCGAGCGGCGGGAAACAAAAACCGGCCUAAGUUUAUGUGCGAGGUGAGAGUGGAUGGAUUCAACUACAUCGGGAUGGGAAACUCCACCAACAAGAAGGACGCGCAGAGCAAUGCCGCCCGCGACUUUGUCAACUAUCUGGUCCGAGUUGGAGAAAUUGGCUCAGCAGAGGUUCCUGCUCUGGGGGCGUGUCCUCCUGUCCCUGAUCAGCCCGACAGAGCAGGAAGUGGAGGCUUUGGAAGCCUGCCCUCUGGUGGUCCACUGCCCCCACACCUUGUGGUCAAAGCUGAACAAGAUAAUGGUGACAAAAGUGGACUGGUCCCAGGAGUGACUGGUCUGGGUUAUUCAGGAGGCGGAGCCUCUGGUUGGGGAGGAGGAGGAGGAGGAGGAGGAGACGGAGACGGGGCUCAGUGGGACAGAGGGGCAAAUCUGAAGGAAUACUACGCCAGGAGAGAUGAACAGGAAGCUCAGGCGACCCUUGAGUCAGAGGAGGUGGACCUGAAUGCUAAUCUCCACGGCAACUGGACUCUGGAGAAUGCCAAGGCCCGACUCAACCAGUUCUUCCAGAAGGAGAAAAUCAAUACUGAGUAUAAAUACAGCCAAGUGGGACCGGACCACAACAGGAGCUUCAUCGCUGAGAUGCAGCUGUUUGUGAAACAACUCGGCAGAAGGAUCACGGCACGAGAACACGGCUCUAAUAAGAAGCUGGCGGCACAGUCGUGCGCGCUGUCUCUGGUGCGACAGCUCUAUCACCUGGGAGUCGUGGAGCCGUACUCUGGAGUCACCAAGAAGAAAGAGGGCGAGACGCUGGAGCCGUUUGACGUCAGUGUGAGUCCAGAGCUUCAGCAGCAGCUGCUCAGUGUCGUCCAGGAGCUCGGAGUCCACAUCCCACCACCGCCCACAGACUCCAGCAGCCCAGUGUCUCUGGUUCAGGGGAAGAUAUCGACCUUUGAACCGUCACAGAGACAGAGUGGAGCUGGAGUGGUUCCCUGGUCUCCACCUCAGGUCAACUGGAAUCCCUGGACCAGCAGCAACAUCGAUGAGGGACCUCUGGCCUUUUGCACUCCAGAGCAGAUCAGUGAAGACCUGCAGGAAGAGCUGAUGAUGCAGCUGAAACAUGACGAAGAUCUGCACAAGGUCCUGGUGGACAGGGACCAGUUGCCGGUCAAACAAUUUGAAGAGGAGAUCCUGGCGACAGUGGACAGCAGUCCUGUGGUCAUCAUCAGAGGAGCCACAGGCUGUGGUAAAACCACGCAGGUACCUCAGUACAUCCUGGACCGCUUCAUCAAAGGAGGACGAGCGUCCCACUGUAACAUCGUGGUCACCCAGCCCAGACGGAUCAGUGCCGUGUCUGUGGCCGAAAGAGUCGCCUACGAGAGAGGGGAGGAGCUUGGGAAUAGCUGCGGCUACAGUGUCCGCUUCGAGUCCGUCCUCCCACGUCCUCACGCCAGCGUCCUCUUCUGCACCGUCGGUGUUCUGUUGAGGAAACUUGAAGCAGGAAUCCGAGGCAUCAGUCACGUCAUCGUUGACGAGAUUCACGAGAGGGACAUCAACACGGACUUCCUGAUGGUUGUCCUCAGAGACGUGGUCCAGACUUACCCCGAGGUCCGUGUCAUCCUCAUGUCGGCCACCAUCAACACCUCCAUGUUCAGAGAAUACUUUUUCAACUGUCCCGUCAUCGAGGUGUUUGGACGAACAUUCCCUGUUCAAGAGUAUUUUCUGGAAGAUUGUAUCCAGAUGACCAACUUCAUUCCUCCACCAAUGGAAAGAAAGAAAAGAGACAAAGACGAGGAGGCGGGAGAUGAAGAUACCAACUGUAACUUAAUCUGUGGGCCGGAUUACACGCCUGAGACCAAGCGAUCAAUGGCUCAGAUGACCGAGAAGGAGAUGUCCUUCGAGCUGGUGGAGGCUCUUCUCAAAUACGUGGAGACGCUGCAGGUCAACGGAGCUGUACUGGUCUUUCUGCCGGGCUGGAACCUCAUCUACUCCAUGCAGAGACACCUAGAGACCAACCCACACUUUGGAAGUAACCGGUACCGGAUUCUGCCGCUCCACUCACAGAUUCCCCGAGAGGAGCAGAGGAGGGUGUUUGAACCCGUUCCUGAAAACAUCAGGAAGGUGAUUCUAUCGACAAACAUCGCAGAGACGAGCAUCACCAUCAAUGACGUUGUCUACGUCAUUGACUCCUGCAAGCAGAAGGUCAAACUCUUUACGUCCCACAACAACAUGACCAACUAUGCCACCGUGUGGGCGUCCAAGACCAACCUGGAGCAGAGGAAAGGACGAGCCGGGAGAGUCCGGCCCGGGUUCUGCUUCCACCUCUGUAGCCACGCCCGCUUUGAGAAACUGGAGACUCACAUGACUCCAGAGAUCUUCAGGACUCCACUGCAUGAAGUCGCUCUGAGCAUCAAACUGCUGAGACUCGGCGCCAUCGGACACUUCCUGUCCAAGGCCAUCGAGCCACCGCCACUGGACGCCGUCAUCGAGGCGGAACACACCCUGAAAGACCUGGACGCUCUGGACUCUAACGAUGAGCUGACCCCUCUGGGUCGGGUUCUGGCUCGUCUGCCCAUCGAGCCUCGUCUGGGGAAGAUGAUGAUCAUGGGCUGCAUCUUCCAUCUGGGUGAUGCCAUGUGCACCAUCUCAGCUGCUUCCUGUUUCCCGGAGCCGUUCGUCAGUGAGGGCAAACGUCUCAGCUUCGUCCACAGAAACUUUGCCGGCACUCGUUUCUCUGACCACGUGGCUUUGCUGUCCGUGUUUCAGGCCUGGGAUGAUGUCAGGAUCAACGGAGAGGAGGCGGAGUCUCGUUUCUGUGACCACAAACGUCUGAACAUGUCCACUCUGAGGAUGAUGUGGGAGGCCAAGGUACAGCUGAAGGACAUCCUGGUUAAUGCUGGCUUUCCUGAAGAGUCUCUGCUUACUCACUCAUUUAACGUGGUCGGCCCUGACAACAGUCUGGACGUGGUCAUUUCUCUGUUGACCUUUGGCUUUUAUCCAAACGUGUGUUUCCACAAAGAGAAGAGGAAGAUCUUAACCACAGAGGGACGGAACGCCCUCGUUCACAAGUCCUCGGUCAACUGUCCAUUCAGUAGCCACGAUGUCUCCUACCCCUCACCCUUCUUUGUCUUUGGAGAGAAGAUCAGGACUCGUGCAGUCUCAGCUAAAGGAAUGACAAUGGUCAGUCCUCUUCAGCUUCUUCUGUUUGGCUGCAAGAAAGUGAACUCUGAAGGAGAUGUGGUGGAGCUGGACGACUGGAUCAAACUGAGGAUUCCUCAUGAGGUGGGCGGGGCCAUUGUGGCUCUGAGGGCGGGACUUGAGGCUCUGGUGGUGGAAGUGACCAAAGAUCCAGAAUAUGUGAGACAAAUGGACCAAAACAACGAGAGACUCCUGAACGUCAUCAGACACGUGUCCAAGCCGUCUGCAGCCGGACUCGACAUGAUGAGCAGCAUGCAGAGGAUGGGAGACGGUCCUCGUCCCCCGAAGAUGGGACGCUUCGAGAGUGGAGGAGGGGGAGGUUAUGGGGGAGGGGGAGGUGGCUACAGAGGAGGGGGAGGCUAUAGGGGUGGGGGAGGUGGCUACAGAGGAGGGGGAGGAUAUGCAGGAGGGGGCGGUGGCUACAGAGGAGGUGGGGGAUAUGGAGGAAGAGGAGGGUACAGAGGAGGCGGCGGAUAUGGAGGGAGUGGAGGAGGUUAUAGAGGAGGUGGGGCCUACAGAAGGGGAGGAGGCUACAGAGGAGGUUAUUAAUGUGAUGACUUAUUUUAACACUUAAAUGUUUGUGUCGUUAGUGAUGAUGAUGUCAUUGAUAUUGAUGUGACCAUGUCUUUGUUUGUUUUGAGUGAUGAUUAUUGAUUAUCACUGAAGUAUUGUUUUUGGUGGCAACCACACUUGCACUUGCCAACGUGACCAGCAGAGGUCGCCAGAGGCCAAGUUUGUUAUCUCUGAUCUGAGCUGUGUUGAUUAUUUGUUGGAAACGUCAUCAAUAAACUUUCAAUGUUUGUGAAACAAA